CACUGUCAGUUUCCACAGGCAUCACGAACAGGUUGUUAUUUCGUGCGUGCCAUUGAAAGGCCUUGGAGGGGUGCUACUGCUGCAAGUGUUGCAAUAGUUCGAAGGCAGCGGAUCGAUGGCUACCUAUUGCUGAUUAUUCAAAAACUCUUAUUUAUUUACGUCAGACCUGUUACCUGUAAGCCAUGUUAAUCGCCAAGUUAUUGAAGACAACAGUCAAAGCUCGAGAUUCAACGUUGUCAUGGGUAGCUCUCCUCUCAUCUAUUCUGCUUCUUUUUACAACGAGCGGGUUUCUCUGCAACUUUGGAAUAUUCUAUAAUUCAUUCUUAGACGAAUUUGGGGAUUCAAAGGAGAAAACAGCAUGGGUCGGCUCAAUUCCAGUUUCACUGAUGUUUCUCUUGGCCCCAUUGGCAUCUUGGCUCCUAAACAAGAUUAGCUUGGGAGUCUCCGUAGUAGCAACAGCAAUCCCGUUGGGACUCUCUCUUCUAUUGACGUCAUUCAUAACCAAUAUCAAUGGAGCCUUUUUCACCUUCAGCAUCCCUUUUGGAUUAGCCUCUUGUUUAAUGCUUAUGGUUGUCAGCAAAGCCGUUUGCAUCUACUUUGACAAGAGGCAGUCAACUGCAUUUGGUUUGCUUACUGGAGGAUGCUGUAUUGCUCAAGUUGGCUUGUCCUAUAUCAUCAUAUGGCUUGUGAAUAACUUCACAUUAGAAAGAACAUUUCAAGUUCUAGCAACGGUUAUGACAUUAGUUUGUUUGAUUUCAUCACAAGGGUUUUUUCCUACAACCUACGAAAGCGAUGAGAAAGUGAAUACUGCCAAAAAGAAGGGACUCAACGUGUACUUUCAUCUGCUCAAAAACAAAGCAUUUUGCCUAUACCUGUUUGCAAUUUUCGUGUGUUCAUUUUCCUACUCCGUUUCCAAUGUUCAUCAGGUACAACUAGCAAUUGGGUAUGGCACUUCACCGGAUUUAGCAAGACAGCUCCCUGUGUUUUCGGCGAUUGGAAUGGGUUGUGGUAGAUUUAUUUCUGGCUUUAUCGUCGACAGCAAGAAAUUCAAAACAAUCAACUACUACCAGUCUAUAUUGCUUCUAAAUGGGUUGUCGGCAGUCAUUGGAUCAUUUUCAUCCACCCCAGUUCACUUGAUUGUCUAUAUUUGGGUAUUUUCCUUUCUGGAUGGGCAAAUGCAAUCUACUUUUGCACCAGUUGUUAGGGAAGUAGUCGGCAUGACGUACAUGAGCGAAGGCUUUGCAAUGGUCUACACCUCAUGCAGUGUAUCCAUGAUGCUUGGACCACCUUUAUUAGGCUUUAUAGUUGACAAGACUCAAGACUACAGAGCGUUCUUCAUGCUGUCAGGGAUACCUCCUAUAUUAACAUGUCUGCUUCUGACGCCACUUAGGUAUAUGAAAAAAGUCGAAGUCCCUGAUAAAGAAGUAAACGAGAAGGUGACGGAUGAGCAAGAAAUAAAGGAUGUUGAGGUGGAUGUUGAGGUAAUAAGGAAUGAAAACACAAACAAAUAAUUUGAAAUUUACUCUACGUGAAGAUUAUUGGCCGGUAAGUUAGUUACGAUAAGCAGCGUGUUUGAACAAGUAACUUCUCAAUAGGCUUCGUUUUAAAGGAACUAGUUCAAUUUGCAAUUUUUCUCAAUAUUUUCCACAUGUAAGGAAGACAACUUUCUUCUGAAAUUAAUACCUAAGUUCUAAAAAUUGCCCCAAGAAAUCAUCAUGUUCAAUUAGAGACAUUUCCCAUUUGGUGUUUUCUCAGUGGAAAUAGAGUUUAAUGUUUUAAUUCUAAUAGUGCUUAAUUCCAAUAUUAAAGAUUUUUGUGACUUCACAAUUGUAUCUGUUUGUUUUAAACCGUAUUAACAUAAUGUCUCAGACAU